AAAAAAACAAUCUCGAUUCUCUGUCCAAGGUACUUUCAAUUUCCUAGCCGGCCUUUGAUAGUAGCAGAAGACAAUUCAAUACGACGACUACCGUCAAAGCAGAUAAUAGUAGUAGUUGUACUCAUUGAAUAUAUAUUCAGAUACAUUGUCAUACGGAAUCAUCAAUAGUCUAUUUUCAAUCCAAUUUAUAUUCCUGUAUUUCAUUUUUGGUUUCAUUGGAGAGAGAACAAUAGCUCCUCUUCUGAUAGGAAGUCUUUGAGUUGUUAAUUGUAUAUUGUGAUUUUAAUAGAUCUCUUUAUAUUGCUUGUUGAAGAUUUUUUCAACCCAAGUUUAGUAACUAUUGCUAGCCAACUCUAACAAUACUUUAAGAAGGAGAAGAUCCUACAAUACAGUAUUUUGUUAGUACUAGAAAAAAAAAAUUAUUUCUUUAUUUAGGAAAUUUAAUAGCUUGUUGAAAAGUAUUUAAAAAUAUUUAAUAAUAGUAAAAUAUUAUUUAUAGAUAUAUACAACAAACUAGUAUUUAGAUAGUAAAUACAUAUCAAUAUUGUUUUAACUUAUUAAAAUCUACUAAGAAAGAAUAUAUUACUACUAAGUAUUAUCAAUGAUGAACAUUGUAAACUCCUCUCCAUCAAAGGUAAAUAAUACAAAUAUUUGGGGAGUUAAUAGUCUCUCCCAAAGUCCACACCAUCAACACCAUCUCUCUUCACCACUCUUGUCAAGACUUGAGGAUAGUAAAACAAUCUCUCAUGAACAACAUUAUGACAGAAAUUCCAUGUUAGAAAUGGAUCAAGCUGUUCUAGCAUCAAAUGGUAAUAAUGCUAUCGGUAUGGAUUUACUCAGAGAGAUUGAUCAAAAUGAAAAUGAUCAAUCAUCACCACCACAACAUUUAGAUAGUGAAGAGUUUAUGAUUAGAUCACCAAUCCAUAAAAGUAGAAAGUCAAUGGGUAACAGUUCUGGUAAAUCAAAUCAACAAAUCUUAGGCACACCUGUACAUCAUCAACAACAUCAUCCAAUGGGUAUGACUUCUCCACAACAAAACUCUACAUCUCCAAUGUUAUUAAGUUCUCCUCCAAUGCAUAUUGCAAAUAAUACUUGGAUGAAUGAAAAAAUGUUCUUGGAAAGUAAAAUUGCCAGGUUAUCCUCUGACUUGUAUUCUGCCAAAUGCGAAAUUGCCAGACUUCAAAAUCAAUUAGAAGAAUACAGACAAAAAGAGAUGCAUAACACUAAAGUUAAUAGUACUUCAACUGUUGGUAAUAGCCCAAGUCCAACUGAAAUGAUGAUGAAUGGUAGUACAAAUGUAGGUCUUGAAAGACCUCUAUCACCUGCAUCUAGUUGCACUACUUCAUCUUGGACUGGAUAUAAUAAUGAUCCAAUUGGUAGUACAUUCCCAGGUCCUGAAAAAUCAUCUCCUUAUGAGAAUAGUAUUUAUUCAUACAUGACCAAUCCUGCCCAACAAUUAUUAAUUUCUCCAAGAAAAUCUCCUACUCCUAAUAAUGUUACAACAACUCCAGGUAGAUACAAUAGAAGUAAUAGCUUUGGUUCAAGUGGUAAUGAUUUACCAAAUACAAAUCUCAUGCAAAAUAACAGAUUGAGUGUUUUGGCAACACCAAAUAGAGGUGUAAAUAAUUCAAAUGGUUUAUCAUCCAUUAAUGAUCCACUUUUCCCACAAAAUAUUAAUGAUUAUCAAAUGUCACCAAAUAGAAUUCAAAUGAUUAAUCCUAUUGGUAUGGAUUCACCAAUAAUGAUGACUCCAACAAGUGGAAAUUCUGGUUCAAGAAAGUAUAGCACUAAUAAUGUUUUGGUUAACUCUCCAUUUAUUACACCAAAUAUUGGAAGUGGUCGUAUUUUCCCAACUCCAACAACACCUUCUCCAAACAAUUUAUAUUAUAAUAGUUCAAUUGCCAUUACUCCAAAGAGUACAACUAGCAGUGUUGCAAGUAACAGUUCUGCAUCUAGUGGUACUCCAACCCUAAGUGACGCAAGUAAUGGUACACUUCCUUCCUCUCUUAUUAAACCUUCAUCCCCAGUUCUUAGUACUACUCCAACAAGUACUGGAGGAGGUGCUAGUUCUAAUAGCACUACUUCAGUUCCUGUAAUUAAUCAUAACAAGACCGGAGGAGAAAUUGUAUACUUGUUGAGUGGUGGUGGUGUUGGUUCUAUCAAGGUUUAUGAUUUAUCAAAGGAUGAAUUCACUCAAGCCCAAGACAAUCAACAACAACAUGCCAAGAGAGGAUAUGAUAAGCAUGCAUUGACCGAUUAUUAUCUUUCAUUGAAGGGACACUCUAGAUUUGUCUCUGCAUUACACAGCCAUCAAGGAAGAAUUUGCAGUGGUUCUGGAGAUAACUCUAUUCGUAUUUGGAAUUUUGAUACUGGCGAAUGUGAACAUGUUUUGGCAGGAUGUGAAGGAAAAGUCGGAGCAUUAUGUAGUUAUUAUGGUAAUUUAGUCAGUGGUUCAAAGGACGGAAAUUCUCAUCGUAUUCGUGCAUGGGAUGUAGAAAAGGCAGAAUGUGUAAAGUGUGUUCAUGCCCACUCUGAUUGGAUUAACGUUUUAUGUGCAAGUGACAAUACUCUUUUCAGUGGUUCUGGAGAUAGAAAGGUAAAAGUUUGGUCAGGUCCAAACUUUGAAAAUAUCAUGACAUUGGACAAUAGUAGUUUUGUUUUAUCUUUGGUUUAUGAUCCUGUUUAUAAUUGUUUGGUUGCUGGUACUUAUGAUGGACAUAUCAGAAUUUGGGAUAUUAGAUCAGGUACUAAAUUUAUCAAGCAAAUUAAGGCUCACUCAAAUGGCGUUCUUUCCUUGUGCUAUCAUGCUGGAUUAUUGUGUAGUGGUAGUAAGGAUCAAACAAUUUCAAUUUAUGAUCCAAAGACUUGGAAUAGAGAGUCACAACUUAUCGGACACACUGAUGCUGUUAAAUGUCUUGUAUCCUACCAAAACACUUGGUUAUGCAGCGGUUCUUAUGAUAGAACUGUCAAGCUUUGGAAUUUGGAUACUGCCAAUAGAGGCAGCUAUUGUACAAUUGCAACCGGAUUCAAGAAUUAUACCCUUACAUGCCAUACAGCAUAAUUUUGUCAAUCAUUACACCAAUUUUCACCAACCACAACACCACAUUUUGUACACACAACUAUAAAUCAACACACCUACACUUCUAGACUUUAAAUUUGGACUUCCACUCUUAUUUGGAUAUUCCAAAAUAUCAAAUAAAAUUCUAAAAAA